UUCAGCACCAUCUCCACCACCACUCGGAAACUCCUCGGCGUUCACCUGGAACCGCAGUUCGACAAGCCCUACCUCUGCACUUCGCCGCAAGACUUCUGGGGAAAGCGCUGGAACAUCAUGGUCAGCCGUGUCCUGAAACCUACCGUAUACGAACCCCUCGUCACGCUCGCCAGCCCUCUCACUAGCAGAAGGUGGGCCCCACUCCCCGCCAUUGUCGCUACUUUCGCCGUGUCCGGUCUCAUGCACGAGCUGGUCUUUUACUACAUCAAGCGUGAGACGCGCACGUGGGAGGCCUGGGAGCCCUCCUGGGACGCCACGUGCUUCUUUCUCCUUCACGGACUGUGCGUGGCUGCGGAGGUUGCACUCAAAAAGAGUCUCAAAGGGAAGAAGUGGCAGUUCCCGAGGGUGGUGUCGGGGCUGCUGUCGUUUCUGUUUGUGCUUUACACAGCCAUUCUGCUGUUUCUACCCGCGCUGGUGCGGUGUCAUGUUUACGACAAAUCCACCAGAGAGUUGACCGCGUUGACCCAUUUUGUGAAGGAUGUGUACAGUGUUUCCAGACUCUACCAUUUCGCUAACGUCACCACCAACACAUGAAACCAAUUAUACUGUUUGGA